AUGUCAAAAGCAUUCAUCACAAUGCGAAGAAUAAAGAAAUAUCCAGUUAGCAACCUUUCAAUGGUAGUUUAUCAUACCUGAUUAUCAACCCAAGCAGACACAUAUAGAAGAAAAAAUGUUCAUGGUGAGUACACUUAUUUUUAUUGCCCAUAUAAAAAUUGCAGUGCCUCGUGUAGAGUUAAAGGAAAUUUAAAAAAUGCAAACGAAUCAGAGCUAAUCAAGAGUCAUCAGGGUCAUAGCAUUGCAUCUCUUCAAUCAAGUUCUCAAACUUAUAACAAGAAAAUAUUAAAAUUCAAUUCAUUCCUACAAAUGAAUGCUCAGAUUCUGACUAUCAAAAAGGCGAAAUGAAAGAAAUCACAUUAA